GGAAAGCAUCAUUUCAUUGAUUGAGACACCGACCUCGACAUGGGAAGCGUGAUGUUGUUCUCUUAUAUAAAUUUCGCGAAAUGGAGCGGCUAGAUGACAAUAGCCGUGUUGGAAUUGUGAAACGACGAGAUAUAUUUGUGCAGUUAUAAUGUUGCUGCUGCUGUAGUGUAACGUUGUGCCUCGAUGCUUACACAGACAGCUCCCUUGAAGCGGUUGUCAUACAGUUGCUGGAGCGCACGGGCGUUUGUUGCUGGGGAGGAUAUAUUUGUUGCUAACACUAGCACUAGCAGACGCUAGGCAUCUUGCCAUCGUGUUCCCUGCCUUUGGAUAAUAAUUGAGUCCUCAUGUUUUGCCGGUGUUUUUAUUCACAUUUCUUGAUUUUUGAUUCAUUUGGAAUCGCCAAAGUGUGGGCAGUGGACAGUACACGUCACUGAAGAUAAAACCGCUGAGUCUUUGCAGGAUGGAUAUGGAUUUGGGUGCUGGCGGGGACAGCGCUAGAAGAAAAAUGGAUUUGGCUGGGGAGGUGACUGAGGUGGUUCCUCUGGAAAUGUACGACUCCGCAAGAGCAAAAAUAGCUGCAAACCUUCGAUGGUUAUUCGCCAAAGCCUACGGCAUUGACAAUAUCCCAGAAGACCUGCGGGACCCGUUCUACACGGACCAGUAUGAGCAGGAGCACAUCAAGCCACCCGUGAUCCGGCUGCUGCUCUCCUGUGAGCUUUACUGCCGUGUCUGCGGCCUCAUCCUCAAGGGCGACCAGGUGGCAUCGCUGCAGUCGCACCUGUCUGUCAUUCAGGCGCUCUCGCGCAAGGGUAUCUAUGUGAUGGAGAGUGACGACACGCCGGUCACCGAGUCGGACCUCGGCUGCAUGCCCAUUAAAAUGAGUUCCCAUAUCCCGAUGAUCGAUGCCCUCAUGAUGGCCUACACUGUGGAGAUGAUCAGCAUCGAGCGGGUGGUGGCCUGUGUCAAGCGCUUCUCCACCUUCAGUGCCUCCAAGGAGCUGCCCUUUGACCUCGAGGAUGCCAUGGUCUUCUGGAUCAACAAGGUCAACAUGAAAAUGAGGGAGAUCUCCGAGAAGGAGGUCAAAGUAAAACAGCAUCUUUUGGAGUCGCCAAGUCACCAAAAGUCUCCCUCAAAAUGGUAUUGGAAACUAGUACCUGUGCGGUAUCGACGGGACCAUGCCUCGGGCCGACAGAUGCCCUACUUUCCCCUGGUGGAGGAACUGAUGAGAGACGUGUGCGAUGGAGCAGCUCUGCUGACCGUGGUCCACUAUUACUGCCCCAACGUGAUGAAGCUGGACGAUAUUUGCUUGAAGGAAGUGACCUCGAUAGCUGACAGUCUGUAUAAUAUCCAGCUCCUGAGGGAGUUUGCCACUGAGUACCUUAACAAAGGAUUUUAUCUGACACUAGAGGACAUGCUUUAUGCACCGCUUGUUCUCAAACAUAAUGUCAUGGUCUUCAUCGCUGAACUCUUCUGGUGGUUUGAAAUCGUCAAACCUGAAUUUGUACAGCCAAGGGAUAUCCAAGAAUCCAAAGAUGCCCGCUCAUUGGCUCAGCCCAAGAGCCUCCGGCCCUCCGUCCCCAUAUCCAACGCCACCAAACGCAGCUUCCUGGUCACACCUGGCAUGGCCGACCCAGCGCUUCCUGUUCAGAACAGUGCAGACGUGUGUAACAGGUAUCUCCUGCACCCCGAAGACUCUAACCCUCCGUCUAGCCCUGCUAAAGGCAGCCCCAGCUUCAGCCUCCCACACCCCCUCCUCCCCCUGAGGCAAAGGCAACAGAAGCCCCAGCAGGGUGAAGACAUGAUGGGCAGCCGAAUUCGCUCCAACUCGUUCACGCAAGACAGUCACAGAGGAGCAGGCUGGGCGGAAAAGAGACAGAGACCACUGUCCCAGAUGAACCGCUUCCUGCUCCAUUCGGCCACCGACAGUGACGUUGACAUGCACUCAGGCGAUAGUGCCAGUCUAACCUGCUCUAUCAGCGAGGACAGCCUGGCCGCGAGCAUCACCCCUAAGCACCAGGGCAUCCCCAGACGCGUCAACGGCCACGGCCUACUGGGCAACGUCAACAUGGUGGAGGAGGACGACGUGCAGCACCUGACCGUCGUCACCAGCGACAGCACAGUCUUGGCCAACGCUGAAGCGGAGUGCCAGAGCGCAGCCCCUGCGGUGAGAACUAAUUCCUGGUUGAGACAAGACGACAAGGUUUCAGAUGGGGGUUUCUAUCUGGAGCCCUUAAUGCCUGCUGCCUUGAAACCAGCAAAAGAGAAGUCUAUUAAUCUGAACAAGGAGGAGGAGUCAGGGGAGCUGUGUAAAAGCUCCACCGCCCGCAGAGUAGUUGGUGGCAGUAAUGGGGGAGGAGGAGGAGAGCAGUCUGCAUCUUUCCCCAGACGGAGAGCCACUCACAGCCUUAACCGGACCUUCACCCCCAACUCCAGUGCUGAGUUUGUUGCCCAGGCAGCGGAGGCGAACGCCACUGCUCAGUCUGAGACUCCACCCAUGGCACUGAGCCAAGCCUUCAAGCCACUGGCUGCCAGCAGUGCAGAGCUCUCCCCGACCGACCGCUCCCCCGGCUUCUUCCUGCACUCCUCAGCACCAGACGACGACAAGCAGCCCGAGCAGGCUUGGGAGAUGCAGUCGGACUCCGACACGUUGGAUCUAGCUGAUGAGCAGGAGCUCGAGCUCAGCAAGGACGAGCUGUACUCGGACAAGCAGCAGCUGGACGAGGAGGACCAGGAGUCGGCCAAGCUGCGCGAGGACAUGAGCGUCAAGGAGCACGAGGACAAGGACAAAGAAGGCGGCGGCCCGAGCAGCCGCUGCUCCAGCCCAGGCCUCAGCAGCGUCCACUCGGCGGCCAGCAGCGUGGCCAGCGGCAGCGUGCGCAUGACCAGCUUCGCCGAGCGCAAGCUGCACCACAGCCGCUUCGGCAGCAACCAGGACCUGCGCUCGGCCAGCAGCUCGCAGCGGACCACGCCGGACGGCUCGGAGAACAGCUACUCGCUGCCCGUCGUCACGUCCUGGCGCAGCAAGCGCGACCAGAGCCCGACGACGGGCCAGCAGGGGGGGAAGGACUCGGCCAACGUGCUGGCCUCCGAGCUGGUGCAGCUGCGCAUGCAGCUGGAGGAGAAGCGGCGCGCCAUCGAGACGCAGAAGCGCAAGAUGGAGGUGCUGUCGGCGCGGCAGCGGCUCAAGCUGGGCAAGGUGGCCUUCCUGCACAUCGUCAAGAAGGGCAAGAGCGACACGCUCCCGCAGCCAAUCAAGUCCAGCUACAGCUUCAAGGACGCAAAGAGGCUCAACGGGGAGAAAGAAAAAGAGGCCACGUCUAAAGACGACGCCUGCGUGGACGCGCUCCGAGCCGGGGCGAAGGAGGCGGCUAAGCAGUCGGAGGAGAAAGGGACGCUGGAGUGGGCGAGUAGCUGCAGCACGCCCGUGUCUCCCGUUAUCGAAUCGAAGAGCUUGGUGCAGGAGGAGGAGCUGGAUCUCAACGAGUGCAACCGUUCCAUCGAGAUGCUGAACGAUGCCAUCGGCAGCAUCCAGCAGCAGAUGAUGCAGUUGUCUCUGCAGCAGGAGCUGCUGAUGAAGCAGAACGUCAUGUCGCCGCCGUCCGCGUCUCCACUCGGGGACCAGGGGGACGUGCCCACGGAGGGGAAGUACCCCCAGGCCAUCCACUUCGAUAUGGCGCCGGCCACAAGUGGCACCGUGAGGAAGCCCCCGAAGCUGAGUUCCGCUCGAGGCAGCCGCUCCAAACCCUCGGAGCUCAAACUGGCCAAGGACGCCAAGCAGGCGGGUAAGGGUAGCACCCCAACACAGAGAGUGGCCAGCCCUGGGAGCAGGACCCCUAGAGCCGAGCCCGAGGAAGUCACGACGCCUGACGCUGGGAACCUGAGGAGCAGCACCCCCUUCCAGCUCAAUGAAGAGGCCAACCUCCGGAAGGCUGCCUCAAAAGUUCCGCUCGGUGUGUCCUACGACAAGGGAUUCCCUGACACUUUAGCAGAGUCGGAGUACGACACUCGUGACGCGGACCUAACGGAAGAAUUCAUGUCUGAAGAGGAGAUGAGAAGCAAGGCCAACCUGAUUGAGGUAGACUUGUCUGAGCUGGCCGGGGAGACGGGAGAGGAGCUAACCUCCCUCCUACUUGAUGCUGCUGCUGCUGAUGGUGGGGAUGGCGAGAAGAAAUCCGGCAUGGGCUUUUUUUUCAAGGAUGACCAGAAGGCUGAGGAUGAGCUGGCCAAGAAGCGAGCAGCGUUCCUUCUCAAGCAGCAGCGGAAGGCUGAGGAGACGCGGCUGCGCAAGCUGCAGCUGGAGGCCGACAGUGAGCAGAAGAGAGACGAGGCCAGGCGCAAGGCUGAUGCGGAUCGCAUCAGGAAGGAGGAGGAGAAGGCCCGACGGGAGCUCAUCAAGCAGGAGUACCUGAGGAGGAAGCAGCAGGAGAUCUUUGAGGAGCAGGGCCAGGGCCAGGGGCAGCCCAAGCCCAAGCCCAAGCCCAAACCCAAGAAGCAGCGGCCCAAAUCCGUGUUCCACGAUGAGUCCGUCUCCGAUGGCUAUCCCAAGUGCUCCCCUGCCAAUGAUAAUCUGAUCAACGCCCAGUCUGGCUCCAGCCUCUCCCUGGCCUCAGUAGCCACUACAGGGGCCGACAGCGUCAACUCAGGCGGGGCUGGGUCUCAGCGGGGAGAGUCUGUGGAAUCAUUCCCAGGCCUUAGCCGUAAUUCCAGUCGAGCUACAGAGAGGGACUGGGACAACGGGUCCACAGCAUCCUCCAUCACAUCCACGUCCAUGGCUGAGUACACCGGUCCAAAACUCUUUAAGGAGCCAAGUGCGAAGUCCAAUAAGCCGAUUAUUCACAAUGCCAUCGCCCACUGCUGUUUAGCUGGAAAGGUCAACGAACCACAUAAAAAUUCCAUCCUUGAGGAGCUGGAGAAGUGCGAGUCGAACCACCUGAUGAUUCUGUUCCGAGACGGGGGCUGCAUGUUCCGGGCCCUCUACUCCUACUUCCCAGACACGGAGGAAAUCCAGAAGUUAACGGGCACCGGGCCCAAGAACAUUAGCAAGAAGAUGAUCGACAAGCUCUACAAGUACAGCUCGGACCGCAAGCAGUUCACGGUCAUCCCAGCCAAGACUGUGUCGGUUAGUGUGGACGCCCUGACCAUCCACAACCACCUAUGGCAAGUCAAGAGACCCGGACCCAAGCGGAGCGGGAAAUGAACAGAACAAACGCACCGGACAAUGUGACUUGUGGAGACAGACUCCUGUAUUUGUCCCUCAUACUGUUGACGGAUGAGAGGCGACGAGAUCGAUGUUUGUUGAUGCUUGUGAGAAUGUCUGAACCUACUGGCUCUCGAUCUGACAUCUGAUCUGAUAAAGGGUUAUUGUUUGUUUUUGUUUGUUUGUUUUCCGUUCUUCCACUGCAGACCGGUUAGCAUGCCGUGGUGGUGGUGAUCAUGAUUUUUGUCGAUAACGGUCAUGAUUUCUUUGUCUCCACAUCAGUAGAUUCCUUGUUACUUGAAGUAUUUAUUGCUUUUGGCACUAAGUUCUUUGGCCUUGCCCACCCUCUCACCCCUGUGCCCUCGACACCCAGUUAUCAGACACACUAAACGGGGAAGAGGGGGGCAAGAGUAUUUAACUGCUCUGUUCUGUCGAAAAACUGUGGAUUUGUCUCUUCACUGUACAGAGUUAUGCGGACAAAAAAAAGGAACUGCUCAUUAUACCUGGACUCACUUUCCGCACAUCUUCAACGGACGUAAGGGCUCGGGGGUUGCAAAUUGCAAACCCCAUAACCCUGAACUCUUCAGAAGAAGAAAACGAAACAGUUUGGCGACUCGCUUCACUAUCUCUCUCUCUCUCUCUCUCUCUCGCUCUCUCGAAACCAUGCUGCUUGAAAAUGUCCUGGGAAAGCCCAGGCGCCAGUACGUUCGCCCUCACCCCUGGUGACGCUGUCGUCUUAUUUAUCCAGUGCUUUAAGAAGCUUGUCAGCCGUAGCACAGCUGUAUAAAGCUCUUUUAGGGUCCGACAAUAGGCCUUGGUACAAAUGUCAGAUGCUGUUCGUUUUGUCAGUUUGUUUGUUUUUCUUUCUCAGUUUUGUAUUUACUUUCAUGGAUCUGAUGUUAGGUAGAUGUGUUACUUCACUGGACUUUGUCCUGUAAAAUGGUGCACUUCAUCAUGUCCUAGUGCUUUUAUCAUGCAAUGUAAGCAGAAGUAAUGUCAACGCUUUCUCUCUGCUCCCUGGAUAUAUUUCUCUCUCUCUCUCUCUCUCUCUCUCUCUCUCUCUCUCUCUCUCUUCUCUCUCUCUCUCUCUGGAUAUAUCUCUCUCUCUCUCUCUCUCUCUCUCUCUCUCUCUCUCUCUCUCUCUCUCUCUCUCUCUCUCUCUCUCUCUCUCUCUCUGUCUCUGUCUCUCUCUCUCUCUGUCUGUCUCCCUCCUCUCUUGAAAGAUGCUCUAUCACAAGGAGUAUGUGGCUAUCAAAUUGAAUGACAGUACCCAAUAUAUUCAUAAUUCUUUUAACUUUGCCAUUGUCGUGGAGUUAUUUCCUGGCACGUAGAACAUUCCGCUACUAUGUCACCACUGCUGAAUCUAUCCCGUUUUUUUGUUCUUUCAUUUAUUUAUUUUUUAUUUUUAUUUUUGUUUGUUUUGGUUUGUAGAAGCCACAUGCCGGCCUCGAUCAAACGGAAGUGUCGCACAAGCACUUUAUACACGCUGACUAAGUUACAUGAGGGAGUUUCACUACGCGCUCACAAAUAUAGGCCUGUGUCAAAAAUGUCUGGUGGAACUAUACAUGGUUUAUUCAGUGCGUGAGACAUUUUGAAUAUGUUUGUUUAAAAAUGAUUUGCUUGUUUGUUUCUGCAGUCAUUUGGUCCUCCCAAAUAAUUCUGGUACUGUCAUCUGACUUUCACCUGGAUGAAAACUCGACAAAACAGGAUUAGAAGAGGUUGUAGGUUCUUUGUUCAACUUAAACACUUAGAUAGUGUCCUAACAAACCAAACACUAAGAUGUAGUACUGACCAGAGCAAGCUGAAGGUCCACCAGGAGCUCUCAAACUACUGGUUCCAAAAAAGGCUUUAGGAAACUUGAUUCUAAUAUGUUGCUGCAUUUUGUUUACUUUUAAAUAGGAGUUUUGUAUAUUAAUUGUUUUAUACUCACAAAAAGAUUGUAUUGAAAUCCAUCACCAUUUUUAAUACUGUGCUUUUCAUGCUUGGUCAUUUUAAAAGUUUCUUUAUCAUACCACUUAUUUAUUUUAAAAAGAGGCACUGAAAAUCAAUAAAUAUGUCGUCAAUAAAACCAUUUCCACCCUUUU